AUGGCGCGGCAGGGCUCGGGGGCCAUGCUGGCCUCCGGCGGCCUGGGCUUCCCCCCCCAAAACCUGGCCCGCGUGGUGGUGUGGGAGUGGCUGAACGAGCACGGGCGCUGGCGGCCCUACUCGGCCGCCGUCUGCCACCACAUCGAGAACGUGCUGAAGGAGGACGCCCGUGGCAGCGUGGUGCUGGGCCAGGUCGACGUCCAGCUGGCGCCCUACGUCAUCGACCUCCAGUCCAUGCACCAGUUCCGGCAGGACACGGGGACCAUGCGCCCCGUACGGAGGAACUUCUACGACCCGUCCUCGGCCCCGGGGAAGGGCAUCGUGUGGGAGUGGGAGAACGACAACAGCUCUUGGACGCCCUACGACAUGGACAUCUGCAUCACCAUCCAGAACGCCUACGAGAAGCAGCACCCCUGGCUGGACCUCUCCUCCCUGGGCUUCUGCUACCUCAUCUACUUCAGCAGCAUGUCCCAAAUGAACCGGCAAACCCAACGCAAGCGCCGGCUCCGGCGUCGCAUGGACCUGGCGUAUCCCCUCACCAUGGGUUCCAUCCCCAAAUCGCAGUCGUGGCCGGUGGGCACCAGCACGGGGACGCCCUGCUCCUGCCCGCAGUGCCUGCUGGUCAACAGCACCCGCGCCGCCUCCAACGCCAUCCUGGCUUCCCAACGCCGAAAGCUCUACCCGGGGGCCGUCCGCCAGAGCAGCACCUUCGCCGGGGCGGCUCUAUGGCCGGCGGGGAUGGGAACGGCGGCGGUGGCGGGUGGCACGGCCAAGGGCGAGGCGCUGCGGGUGCCCGCCGGGGCGUUCGCCCCCAGCCAGAGCGUGCCCGGCGGGACACCGCUGCCUGGGCUCAACAACCUCAACCGGCCUGGCACGCAGCGGGGGGCCGGACUUGGCGCCCGUGCCACCGUCCCCCCGGGGGUGCCAGCUCUCCCGGUCAAGAACCUGAACGGCACGGGCCCCGUCCAUCCCGCCCUUGCAGGGAUGACGGGCAUCCUCAUGUGUGCCGCCGGGCUGCCCGUCUGCCUGACCCGCGCCCCCAAACCCAUCCUGCACCCGCCGCCCGUCAGCAAAAGUGACAUCAAACCCGUGCCCGGGGUCAACGGCAUCUGCAGGAAAACCAAAAAGAAGCACCUCAAAAAGAGCAAGACCCCCGAGGACGUGGUGCGCCGCUACAUCCAGAAGGUGAAGACCCCCCCGGACGAGGAUUGCACCAUCUGCAUGGAGCGGCUGGUCACCUCCUCCGGCUACGAGGGUGUCCUCAGCCACAGGGGCAUCAAGCCGGAGCUGGUGGGCAAGUUGGGCAAGUGCGGGCACAUGUACCACCUCCUCUGCCUCCUGGCCAUGUACAACAACGGCAACAAGGACGGCAGCCUGCAGUGCCCCACCUGUAAGGCCAUUUACGGGGAGAAGACGGGCACGCAGCCGCCCGGGAAGAUGGAGUUUCACCUCAUCCCCCACUCCCUCCCGGGUUACACCGACUCCAAAACCAUCCGGAUCGUCUACGACAUCCCCACCGGCAUCCAGGGCCCGGAGCACCCCAAUCCCGGCAAGAAGUUCACGGCACGCGGCUUCCCGCGGCACUGCUACCUGCCCGACAACGAGAAGGGCAGGAAGGUGCUGAAGCUGCUGAUCGUGGCCUGGGACCGGCGGCUCAUCUUCACCAUCGGCACCUCCAACACCACGGGGGAGUCGGACACGGUGGUGUGGAACGAGAUCCACCACAAGACCGAGUUCGGCUCCAACCUGACGGGCCACGGCUACCCCGACCCCAACUACCUGGACAACGUCCUGGCUGAGCUGCUGGCCCAGGGCGUCUCCGAGGCCACCCUGAAGGACUGA